ACACAAGACAACCACAAUAAAAACAUCUAUAUGUUCAAAUAUUCAAAUCAAAUUGGAAUAAGAACAUUUGUUUAUAGCAAUACAUGAAUUGACUUUGCUCCUUUCUCAGGUUUCUUUUUUUAGACAGAUCUAUUUUUCAGACCCACAGUCACAGACAGAGCUUCCUCUCUCUAAUUCAAAGGCGUACAUUGCCAGAUUUGGUUGGGUGGAGUUAGGGUUUCAAAGAUGAUAAUUAAGCGGAGUUUGAAAACUGGAAUACAGAAGUGGAAACAGUGUAAGCCAGAGAACUGCGAUAAUUCCGCGAUUCAGAAGAAGCGGAAGCCAGAGAACCGCGAUAAAUCCGCGGUUCAGAAGAAGCAGAGAGUAAACGAGGUUUCUUCUGCUGAAGGAGGAGCCUCUGGAUCCUGUGAGGUGCAGUCCAAUUCAAAUUCCGUGGACUCGAAUGGCACAAUUCAAGACUUGGCCCCACAAUCAGAAGAAAGGAUUAUUCAACCUCGUCCUUCCAGAGGUCGGGCUAAGAAGCUUCCCAGCAGGUUCAGUGAUUCUUUUGUUUACGAACGCUUCGGGCUCGAUGGCGAGGAUAAGAAUACUUUGCAAGACGUUGCUGCCAAUGGAAAUGAAAGAGAUUCUCCUUGUUCUUCAAAUUCUGCUGAGUCCGGUGAUUUCAAGUACUUGGUUAAGACCGUUAAGAUGACGGUGAACGGGGGUCGUAAGUUGUUGGUUAAAGAAAAGAGUAAUGAUGCGGCUGGACCUAGUUCAAAUGCUGUGGGUGUGGAAGGAAAUGGUAAAAAGAAAGACAUUUUCAAAUUAGAUGAUUUUAUUUUGGGUGAUAUAGUUUGGGCAAAAUGUGGGAAGAAGCAUCCUGCUUGGCCUGCUAUAGUCAUUGAUCCCCUCUUGCAAGCUCCCAAAUCCGUCUUGAGCUGUUGUGUUCCUGGUGCACUUUGCGUUAUGUUUUUUGGCUAUUCCAAAAAUGGAAAACAAAGGGACUAUGCGUGGGUAAAGCAGGGGAUGAUAUUCCCGUUCUUGGAAUUCAUGGACAGAUUCCCCGGGCAGUCCCAAUUGCACAAAUGUAAAGCAAGUGACUUUAACGGUGCAUUGGAUGAGGCAUACUUGGUGGAAAAUGGCAUUUUGGACGUACAAUUGGGAGCUGAGCAAGAUAUGGAAGGUGAAGGUUCCUGUGUUGACCAGGAAUAUGCCGAUCAAGACCAGGAUACACUAUCUUGUGCUGGCUGUGGUUUGAUGUUGCCAUGCAAAACCAUGAAGAAGAUUAAGGAUUCAAGUUGUGAUCCUCAGCACUAUUGCAAGCCUUGUGCAAAGUUAAUAAAAUCGAAACAAUACUGUGGCAUUUGCAAAAAGAUUUGGCACCAUUCAGAUGGUGGGAAUUGGGUAUGCUGUGAUGGUUGUAAUGUUUGGGUGCAUGCUGAGUGUGAUAAAAUUUCCAGCAAACAUUUCAAGGAUCUGGAAAAUACGGAUUACUAUUGCCCCGAUUGCAAGGGAAAAUUCAACUGUGAAUCAUCAACAUCACAAACAUACAAGUCAAAAAAUAUAUCAUUGGAGACUGGCCCAAAACCUGCAUUACCUGAGAAUCUAGGGGUGGUAUGCAAUGGCAUGAAAGGAAUCUAUAUUCCAAAUGAUCAUAUGAUUAUGUGCAAGUGUUGCUUGUGUGGUUCAAGGACGCAUACACUUACUGACUGGGAAAGACAUGCAGGUUCCAAAGCCAGAAAAUGGAGAUAUAGUGUGAAAGUAGAAAGCACAAUGCAACCGCUCAAAGAAUGGAUCGAUGAACACAAUUCCGGAGCUGGAACUUCCCUGCAGUUAGAUCAGCAACAAAUACUCUCCUUUUUGCAAGAGAAAUAUGAGCCAGUUUAUGCAAACUGGACAACAGAAAGAUGUGCCAUUUGCAGAUGGGUUGAAGAUUGGGAAGAUAACAAAAUUAUCAUCUGUAACAGGUGCCAAAUUGCUGUCCACCAAGAAUGCUACGGGGCAAAGAAUGUUCAGGACUUUACUUCCUGGGUUUGUAGAGCCUGUGAAACUCCUGAUGUUGAGAGAGAGUGUUGCCUCUGCCCAGUAAAAGGUGGGGCUCUGAAGCCAACUGAUGUUGAGAUGUUGUGGGUUCAUGUCACGUGCGCUUGGUUUCAGCCUGAAGUUCUUUUCCAAAAUGACAAGGCAAUGGAACCAGCCUCUGGAAUAUUCAAGAUUCCUCCUAAUUCCUUUUCAAAGACUUGCGUGAUCUGUAAACAAAGCCACGGUUCCUGUACAAGUUGUUGCAAGUGUGCUACAUAUUUUCAUGUAAUGUGCGCGUCAAGAAAGGGAUAUAGCAUGGAAUUGCAUUCGACAGAAAAGAAUGGGACUCUAAUAACGGAGAAGCUAAUAUAUUGUGCACGUCACAGGGUCCCAAACCCAGAAUCAGGACUGGUUGUACAUACACCCCAGGAGGUAUUCUCACCGACAACUUCACUUCGAAAUCACCUAGGGAGCAUCAGGGGAUCAAGGCUGGUUUCAUCAGAGAUUAUGGAACUUCCCAAAACUGUAAACUCUGAAAUUAACGAGAUUGAGCCACUGUCUGCAGCGAGAUGCCGUGUGUUCAUAAGGCCUUCCCGUAAGAAGGAUGAAGUGCCAAUCAUUCACUUGCUUGGGAGGACAAACCUUCAUUCUUUAAGUGCAAUAACUCAAUUGAACAGCAAUAAGGAUGCUCAAGUAUUUUCAUCUCUUAAGGAACGUCUUCACCAUUUACAGAAAACAGAAAACCAAAAAGUUUGCUUAGGAAAAUCAGGUAUUCAUGGAUGGGGCCUCUUUGCUCGUAGAGAUCUGGAAGAAGGAGAAAUGGUUGUUGAAUAUCGUGGCGAGCAGUUACGACGUAGUAUCACUGACCUAAGGGAAGCACAGUAUCGUUCAGAAGGCAAAGAUUGUUAUUUCUUCAAGAUUAGCGAGGAAGUGGUGAUUGACGCAACGGAUAAGGGCAAUAUUGCACGUUUAAUAAACCAUUCUUGCAUGCCAAACUGCUUUGCAAGGAUUGUGCCUUUGAGUGAUCAGGAGAACAGGAUUGUUCUUAUUGCCAAGACCAAUGUUUCAGCUGGUGAAGAACUAACGUAUAAUUACUCGUUCGAUGAUGAGCGGGAUGAAGAAAAGGUUGUCUGUCGCUGUAAAGCCCCUAACUGUAGCGGAUUUAUGAACUAGGUUCUACACUGUUUUUGCGCGUGGAGCCAUUGCAGUUACCCAACCAUGGGGAAAUAUUUGUCGAUUCUUGUAUUUUAUUUUUUUAUGUUAAAUUAAUUUGUAUACCAUUUGAUUAAUUUAAAUAAUAAAAAAAAGGCAAAUAUGCUCACGAUGAACAGGAAUAGCGAAUAGGUUUCUGUAAAAAAAAAAAAAA